AUGCCUAAAUCUAUACAGCCCGUUCCACUUUCUCGUCCUCCUCAAUUGUAUAGCCCUUCUCCGGUUCCUUUACAACCUGUUACAACUGCUUAUAACUCGCCUUUAGAACCCACUGCGUCAAGAUCUUUUCAAGGGCGCAAAGUUCUAUUUCUAGAUACUUCAAAUUCUGACAAUGAUCUGCUUUUCCCACUGUCAAGCGUAAAUACUCCAAUAAUACCAACAAUACCAACCACACCUGGUCUGCCUUUUUUAAGUCCCGGCCUUAUUUCUCCAAACUAUCGUCGUCCUAACCUUGUAGCCGCCAGUCAACAAUCUUUCAUACAACGGAAAUCUUUUGCUGAAAUUAUAAUUUUUACAAAUACUCAGUAUAGUCUAUUAAAAACUUUGUGCUCUGAUAAAAUAUUACCAGCUUACAGUCCUGAAGUUUGGGAGGCCAUGCUCCUCUGUGAAAAAUUUCCGACCACGAAUUCUGGGCAAGAUGCUUACGACGUGGAAAUGGCCACUGUAAGCUUGGCAAUUGAGUUCGCCAAUAAUAAUGAAAAAACGGCAAAUUUUAAUACUUUACUUCUCCAUUGUCUGAGCCAAAUGCAUCGUGUAUUAAUGCCAGAAUUUAUUGGAGAUAUUCCUGUAUCUGCAUAUAAUUCUUUAUUUCUCGUGAGAAUAUUUUCCAAACACUUUAUUGGAAAUAUGACUCGUGACGAAAUUCAUCGUCAGUUUGAAGGUCAUUGUUUAGAUGAUAUCAUAAAUAAACAUGAGACAAAUGGUUUGACUUGUGAAGAGGAUAAUCAUACCCAGAUAGAACUUGAUCUCAAUAACCUCGUAAUUGAUUUACAAGUAGUCCAGGAUCCAAGGCCUAAAUCCGAACAAUUAUUAGAUUGUUUAGUAUCUGCUAUAUCAACAUUAGACCCGAUUAAUGAUAUAGAUAUUUGUAUAAAGCAAUUGGUUAUUAACUUUGUUGAGCAAAAAUCUCCUCCACCAGCUUCGACAAGUGUUGUAUAUAAUGCUUAUUCAUAUCUGUUUCCUGGGAGAUCAUCUGCUUCAUUACUUGCAGAUCCGCCUCCCAUAGCAGAGCGAAGUUUGCUCGUAUUACUUCUACUUGCUUCUCAAUUGAAAAAGUCUGGCCAAGGCAACAAUAAAUUUAGAGAAUCAAUAAAAUUAUUGAAGGAUGCUCAAGCAUUAUACCAAUUAAUAUGCCGUCAGUUACCAAGUGAGGAGAUAUGCCUAAUUUUAUAUCUCUUUAUGGUUGAAAAUGAAGAUUUUAGAGUUUAUGUAUUAUCACGAUUAGAUCCCGAAAUUCUUCUACUUCAAAUACUUCGCUUACUUUAUGACGGUGUUGAAGGCAAAACAAAUUACUCUCAAAUGUAUAUUCUACUCACUAUACUACUUUUAUUCAGUCAGGACGAAGUGUUUAAUGAGAAUAUUCAAAAAAUUCAAAUAACAUAUCAACCAUGGUUUACAGAACGUUUAUUAAAAUCAAUAUCAUUAGGAGGGCUCGCGUAUCUUGUUCUAAUACGCGUAUUACAAUACAAUCUUUGUUCUCAUCGGGAUGUUUAUUUCCACACAAAUUGCCUAGCAAUUAUGGCUAAUUUGGGUAGCAGUAUUCAAGAUAUACAUCCUUACGUAGCACAGCGACUUGUAAAUUUGUUUGACAUUGUAGCAAAGAGAUAUCAAAAACUAUAUAAGAAAGUCCAAGAAGGUGAAGAGGACAAUUCCGAUGACAUUGUCAUUUAUGGCGAUCUUGUUUGCCUAGUAUUGGAAAUUAUUAAUUCCGUACUGACGCGAAGGCUUAAUUCAAAUCCGGAAUUAAUAUAUUCUCUACUACAUAAAAAAGACCUUUUUACACAAUCAAAUUUGAAAUCUCCGUCAGCGGAAGAAAUUUCAGAACUAAUAGAAACAGUAGCACGAACUUGGCCACCAGGUCGUCUCAAGGAAUUUCCUGAUCUCAAAUUCCAAUAUGAGGAAGAAUCUGAAUCACAGGAAUUCUUUUGCCCAUAUGUAUGGUCCCUCAUACAUCGACAUACUUGGAUUUAUUGGGAUGAAGAAAAAGCACGUAUUUUACAUGAUUAUAUUACGCCUGAAGAACCAGUGGCUUUGGAUGCAUUUAUUAUAUCAUAA